AUGCACAUGCACCUGUGUUCGCAUGAGGACCCGCACACGAUGCACCCGACCGAUGUGCAUGAAGACCAUUGGCCUCACAACGACUCGUUGUGGGCAGUGCGUGGCAGAAGGGUGGGUGUGGCGCUGCUCAUGGUGACGAUCUUGGCGAUGGCUACCUUCGCCAGAGUCGAUGUCCUUCGAUGGCACCAGGACCUGGCUUCUCUCAUGAGGAAGUACCAGAAUUUGGAUACAUGGUUCUUCAACGGGGAGGCACCCAAAGGGGGUGCCGCCACCUCCGCGGGCUUCUCCAAAGCGCCCUCCGAGAACAUGCACGACGGCAAUUUGUGUGGAGAUGACGAGGAGCUUUUUGAGGACUUGUGCUAUUUCAAGUGCUCUUUGCUGACCAAAGGCUCCAACCCCAUCCGCACCAGUGCCUUCACAUGUUGCGAAGCACAGCCUUGUGGCUUUGACAACACCAUUUUCAACAUGAAUGCGCCGUGUGCUGGCUUUGACGUGGCUGGGAACCUCAACGGCCAGAAGGGCGCCUGCCCGCACACAGUGGGCACAUGCCUGGAGGAUGAAGAACUUCUCCUGGGAAUGUGCUACAAGAAGUGCUCGUUGCUCACACAAGGCGCCUUUACUCACCGAGUCGCGGCAACGACCUGCUGUUCACAGACGGGCUUGGCUUGUCUAAAUCCCAUGAACCUCAGGACGGAUUUCUUGGCCUUCCCGGUGGGCGGGGGCAAGGGUGAUGGGCUGGCGGCGACACCAAGCAAGCCUCACAAGCCAAUGAAGGUGCCUGCGAACUGUCAAGCCAAACUAGACGGGCUUGGGGAUGCCCAGAACCAGGGUGCCUUAGCGGAGCAGAAGGACGACGAAGCCUUCGUGGAGGAGAACAUCAAGGGUGAUCCUAGGGGCUUCGCACAUGCUUCCGAGCGGCUGCAAAAAGAUAUCGACUUCAUCAUGAAGAUGCUCAGGGUGAACCCCCGAGUGGUGGACUACGUGCACCCAGAGGUCUUUGCAGAUGAAGAUGUCAAGGAGGAGCUUCAGCGGGAGUAUCAUGCUCAGGGCUAUGGCGGCUGGAUUUACUGGCACGACACUCCCUACAACUUCUGGGGCCGUGGUGGCCGCACCAAGCUCGCGAUGAUGCCGAAAGGCCAACCACAAGCUCCCAGUGAAGGAGAAAGUCGAACAGCUUCGGAGGAAGAGGAACAUGGCUCUGAGCCAGCACAGGACAGCGAAGGAGAGGCGUUUGAAGAGGAACUGCAGCAAGCGAUGCUUCAACGCGUUGAACAGAUGCUCUAUGGCAACAGUGGCUUGCCGAUCCAAGCGCCCAAGGAACCGGAGCCCUACUGGCCCGGGGAAAGCAUGGGAGACCAGUGGUGGAAGGAAGAGGAUCCGAAAUCGCCCACGACUCCAAACUCAGAAGCAGCGCCGGGCGUGGUGUCCCAAAGCUCUCGGAAGGAGGACAGCUCGCAGUCUGAAGCCAGCUCCGGAGAGGAGGCGAACACCGCACCGGUGGACACCUCGGCGGUGGCCAAGGCAGUGGAGCUGGCGCAGCAGCUGAGGCAAGAGGCUGAGGAUGCGGCGCAGAAGCGGCGCCAGAACCGCCGCAAGAACGAGGACACGCGAGCUUCGGAGCUGGGUCUCGCGCGUGAUGCGUCUUGGGCCUUCCAUUUGUGCUGCCUUGAUGUGGCCAAAGCUUCUCCAGGACGGAUUUGA